CAUCCGACCCAGGGCAUGUGGACUGAUGUGGAGAUAAGGUAACUCCUCCAGGAGAACGGGGAGGAGCUCGUUCUCCUUCACCUUCACUGGAGAAAGACAGAGGAGACACAAACAAAGACAUUACUGGCAUAUUCUCAUUACAAAUAAUCUCUACGGAGUCUCUCAGUUUAAUAUGAAGUGUGAGAAUUAGAAAAUUGUUAAAGGGAUGCUUCAACAUUUUGGCAAAUUCGCCCAUUGCCAUAAUCUAUGUCAUCUUAGGAGCAGGUUUGUCACCUUUAGUUGUCGGUGUAAGCUGUUUUUAGAUAGGCAGGGCUGAGAUGGGAGCUGCUCAGCUAACGCUACGGAGACAUAUGGUAUUUCCAGCUUUCCCUCAUCGAACUCAUCAAAUACAAAAUCCAACAACUCCAAAACGCUCUCGUGGACAAGUUUUGACCUGCACAUUCACCACGCUAUGAAAUAAUAACAUAUAAUUAUGUAACAUUAGGACACAUGAAGCAACUACUCGGAACUACUUUCUCGAGUAAACCACUGGGCGGAGUGACACAGUGCGCACCUCGGGCAGUGCCGUAGUUACUUGGUUUCACCCGGAUCGUCGGCUGGAUGUUGCAGAAACUUUGGAAAAGAUUAAAAAAAUUGCAGUGUGUUGUGCGUCAUCUUACAUAAUUAUGGUUUAUACGUGUAUUGUAAAAUGUUGCAAUAACAAGCCGAAGAAAUGGAGCUGCGUGAAGUUUCACCACAUACCAACCUCAGAUAAGGACAGGAUGAAACAAUGGCUUAUUUUGCUGGACAUCGAUCCUAACACUCCUGUAGAAAUGGUCCGGAAAAUGUUUGUGUGCUCCGACCACUUUUUACCUGAGGACUACGGGGAACAACGCUCAGGAACGCCUCAAGCGCGUUUGAAAGAUACUGCCGUACCAUCUGUCGCCAUGACAGAGAAAGCAGACGUGUUAAAAGAUGAUGUGGACGGACCAGACUGGCUCAGCAGCACAGGCACUCAAGUACCUGAAACCUGCACUGAGGCCAUAAAGAAAUUAUCUCUGCAUCACAUUGUUGAGGAGGAAGCCAUCUUACAGCUGAUGAGGAACUGCCCAAUGUGCAACCGAAUGUGCCGCUGUUCCAAACGCAUUAAUGGAGCUUACUUAAUAAUCUACCAGAGCUGCUACUUCUGCCAGUAUUCACGAAAGUGGGCCAACCAGCCUGGUGCCACAGAUAUCAACAUACAGAAGGCAAAAAAACAAGUCAAGAAGAAACGACAGCCAAAGCCAAAGAAGAAAGAGCCUGAAAAGGCCGAAGCAGAGCCUGUAAAGCAAGAGGAAGAAGAGUCUGCAGUAUCAGAGUGGCUCGUUCCUCUGUAAGCAGGUCUUAGACCUUCAUACCAGUUUCAGUAACAGAGACCAGUUAAAGACCAAAUUCAUCUCUGUCAGAGACUGGAUUACCUCUUAUCAGUCUGAAGAAGGCCACAACCUUGGUGUCAGAUCUGUCCCACAUGGAUCCUUGUUACACAGUUUGGGAUGCUAAACAACGGUCAACUAUUCAACUAUUUUCUGUUAAUUAACUUCAUGAAGAAAUCGAAUGUAUUGGUGAUCUGCCAAAGCUGAGGAACAGAACUGCGUUCUAAGUAAAUUCAUAUCUAUGGUCACUCGCCCCUCAUAUUAUUCUUCCCUUCAGAGCAGAGGUUCAAGGCUUAAAUUGAAAACAAAACUUUAGAUUGAGCCCUUAGAAAGAACCUUAAUUGGCCUAUAUGGAACUGCUGAUUUUUUUGUUUUGUUUUGUUUUACUUUGAGGGUGCAAAAAUAUUUAUUUGCACAAUCUACACCAUAGUUAUAAUGAUUUGAGAUUUUUAAAUAAGUUUUUGUUUCAUUUUCGCUUUUUAAAAAAAAAAUUCAAUUUAGUUUUAAUUAGAUUUUAUUGGUUCUGUGUUAGUUUGUGUACAUUUUGCAAAAAUGCAAGUUAAGUUGAGUUUUUAUUAAGUUUCAGUUUUUCCAGAAAUAUGUGGGACUUAAUCAGGGGCAAGACCCAAAAGUACCAGGAAAAGUAAACAUCUAUUUCAAAAACAUGAUAUAGGAAAUAAGUUUGGUUUUUUUUUUGGUCAUUUGCUUAAAAAUUUUUCAUUAAAAAAAAAAAAAAAAAAAAAAAAAAAAAAUAUAUAUAUAUAUAUAUA